AUGGCAGGUCGGGAAGGUGAAGGCAAUCACGCCUUUCUCAGUGUAAAAUCCCUGAAAAAUGAACGCGAAAUUAACAAUUACUACAGAUGUCUUGAUGAGCUCGGCGAAGGUGAUUAUGGUAAGACCUAUGAGGUUGAGCACGUAAGCAAUGGACGAAGAUACGCCAUGAAAGUUCAACAGUUCGAACGCGUUGCUCCUGGAGCUGUAGUCACUCAGUGGUCAAAUCCACACGAAGGUGUGAGGAAGAUCUACAAAGAAAUGGUUAUUCUGCACAGAAUACUUCCUCGACAUAGGAAUAUAAUUGAACUCAAGGACUUGCUGAUGAGCGAUAAUACAGUCUACAUGGUGCUAGAACUAUGUGCAAGGAAGAAUCUCAGCCAUUUCUAUCCUAUCGCCAAUAACAGAAGCGGGAGCAGAAUUUUCAAACAAAUAGUCGAAGCAACUCAUUUCAUCCAUCAGCAUGGCGUGCUACACAUGGAUUUGCACGCAGAUAAUAUUCUAUUCACCGAUGAUACCAUGACGGAAUCUAAGAUCAUAGACUUUGGUUUGUCUGUCUACAAACCAGCUUUAGCUGUAAGAGUUCACGCUAAUUUUAACCAUCUUGAGUGGUUCAAUAUCGAUGAAGUAAGCGGCCGCCGUAAUGACAAUUCUGUACCCCAAGACGAUAUCGAAGCCUUGGGAGAGAUACUGCACUGCAUUCUGGCUGGAACCGAUGUAGGCGCAGAAAGCGAUGAAGAAGAACUGACUCUCGACGAACAGGAGCCAAGAAUGGACAUUUUUGACCAGCAGGCAAUGGAUUUGCUCGAACUGAUUGGCCCAGAGGAUUUCCGCCGUGGCGCAUUGCCAACUAUGUAUCAAAUCCUUAGUCAUCCUUGGCUUGCAUGA